AUGAUCUGGCACCUGCAGGACGAGAUCGCGAAGCACGUCGCCCCCGGGGCGCUGUCCUGCUGCACCUACGACCCGGCAGUGGCGGCCGCGUCCGGCCUGCUGCUCGCUGACGAGGCGGGCCAGGGUGCCGAUGACGCGCUAGGGCGGGGCGAGGCCGACGGGGGCGGGCCCCGCCGCAUGGUGACGCGCCGCGGCCGCAGCUCCGCGCCCGCUGGCGGCGCAAAAGGGGCGGCCAAGGCGGUGCCGUUCCUCGCCUGCCGGGCGCUGGACGGGCGCCCGGUGGCGCUGCAUGAGAAUGACAUUUGCCUCCUGUCAUAUGAGAACCUCAGGACGGAGCUGUCGCGGCCGCGUACCGCGCUGCAGCACUACGGGUUCUGGCGCAUCGCGCUCGACGAGGCGCAGGCCGUCGCCAACACCAACUCGGUGGCGGCGGUCGCGGCCAGCAGCCUGUGGCGGCGCCACGCCUGGGUUGUUACGGGCACGCCGCUGAGCUCCCGCGUGCACGAGAUCCAGGGCCUGUUGGAAUUCCUGGCCUGCGAGCCGUUCCACCACCUCUUCAGGCCCCUGCUGCAGCUGCCCUUUUGGGAGCGCUCGACCGUGGGCCCGCUCGCCUUCCGCCACCUGCUGGGCUCAGUCAUGCUGCGGCGCUCAAAGGCGUCGGUCGCCGGCCAGCUGGCGCUGCCGCCCUGCGUGCGCGAAGACCUGCGGGUCACCCUCAGUGUUGCCGAGCGGGCGUGCUACGGGCAGCUGCUGCGGCGGUACAACGAGCAAUUUGCUCUGCUGCAGCAGCAAGUGGCGCGGCGGGAGCGGGACCCGUCGCGGGAGGGGGGCGCCAAGAAUCUGGCUCCCGGGGUUGCCGCCUGCCUGACGGCGCUGCGGCAGGCGUGCUGCCACCCGCAGAUCGUCGGCGGCGCCGCCGGCGGCCGCGCGGGCGGAAGCGGGACGGGCGGCCGCAUGAGCAUGCGGGAGAUCAUGGCGGGGCUGGUGGCGCGCGCGCUGGACGAGUACGACGCGGCGGCGGGGGCGGCGGCGGCGGCCAAGAUAAUCAAGGCCGGCCUCAUGGAUUGGCUGGCAGCAGCUGACCCCUCGGCGCCCUGGGGCCAGAAUCUCGGGGCGGUGCUGGCGGAAGUCAAGCGGGUGGCGCCGGCCGCGGCGUCGAGGGACGCGCGCGCGCAGGCGCGGUGGCGGCGCGCGGACGGGGGCGUAGAGGAGGGGCCUGGGGUGCCGACGGAUGGGGGCGUGGAGGAGGGGCCUGGGGUGCUGACGGAGCUGACGGGCCGUUUUGCAGCCGACGGCGCGCCGCCGCCGCCGGAGGGCGGCACGGGCACGGGCAGCGGCGGCAGCGCGGGCGCGGGCGAGAGCGGCGGCGCAGGGCCCAGCUCAGCGGCUGAAUACGGCGGCGGCGAGGGCGAUAAGGGCAGCGGCGUGAAUGGCAGCGGCGGCGCGGGGCCCAGCUCAGCGGCUGAAUACGGCGGCGGCGAGGGCGAUAAGGGCAGCGGCGUGAAUGGCAGCGGCGGCGCGGGGCCGAGCUCCACGGCUGGAGGCGGCGGCGGCGGCGGCGCGGGCGAGAAAGGCUCCGGCGUGAAUGGCAGCGGCGGCGCGGGGCCAAGCACUGCGGCACAGGCGGAGGCGGCGGCGUCUGCUGCGGACAAGGAGGAGGAGGGGGAGCGGGAGGCUGAGGAGGAGCGGCGGGGGGGUAGGAUGGAGGGAUAG